CUUACACUCAUUUAUAUACUCUUUUUUUUUUUUUUUUUAUUUACCACAUCAUGUCAUCGACUUUAAAUACUUUUGGCUUUAAUGUUCGACGGAAGAGGAAUAACGAUAAUAGCCAUUGUAUGAGUUCAAAAGUGGAAAAGCUUGACAAUACGAUAUCUUCGUCUACUCCUAUGCUUGCAUUUGCUUCUACUCCACACACAACUUGUUAUUCUUCUUCAGAAUCAAUCAAAUCAAAUCAACAACAAAAACAAUCCUUCUUAUCAUCAACAGAACAUACCAACCAUUCUAUUCCAAAGUCAAAAAACAACAAACAACCCAAACAAUCCUCUCUUUUAUCAUUCCUCAACACCUCAGUACCAAAAACUCCUUUACCCACUGCUUCCAAAGGAAAAAUAAAUACCCUAGCUGCUACUCCAUCUCGUCAAGUACAACUCUUAUUACCGCAACCCACUUCUCCUAUAUCACAAGGAAAUACUCCUGUUCUUGUCAAUGAAGAAGAAAAAGAAGAAGAUAAUACGAUAUGUAUGAUACGACGACCAGUGACUUUGACUCAACUAUUACCAUCUAUUGUGGAAUCAUUUGGUGUAUAUGAUAAUAAUGACGAUACAAUGAUCAUGAUGGAUCAUGACUUACCUCUGUUGCAAAUCAAGCCGAACAAAAUUCUUUAUACGACAUCAAUAGAAGAAACAAUGGAUCGACAACAACAACGAAGAAGGCGACGAUCAGAAGAGGAAAGUGAUAAUAAUGAAGAGGCUGCGGAUAGUGAUGAUUCAACUACAACAGAAGGUGGCAGUUCAUUGCGUGCAGCAUUCACACAAUCAUUGACUCUUGUACCUAUGAAAAAACGAUUAUGUUCUAGAGGAAAAUUACAACAACAAAAUGGAACGGAUGAAUGGAUAGAUGAUCAAUCGUAUUAUUUAGACCAAGAUGAGAAAGUCGACAUUAGGAUGACACGACGCUGUUUAUCGGUGGAUCAAGUGAAUGCCUUGCUUUUGGAUAUUGCCAACGAAUUCCUUGCUUUUGACAACAAUCACUGGUGCACAACUUAUUUACAACAAUGAAUAUCACUUUAUAUUGCCACCAUUAUAAAUAUAUUAUUAUCAUUAGUAUCCUUCAUGACCAUUAGUUUAGAAAAGAUUAUUGUAUCAAUAAAACAUUAUCGGAUAUUUCUUUUUUAUUUUUA